CGGGGGCAGGGAGGGAUGUCAGCCGCGUGCGCCGUCUCUCAGAAGGCUCCGCAGCCGCCGCCGCCUCAGUCUCCGCGAGAGGAGCGGGCCCGGCCGGCGAUGCACCGGCGGCGCCGCCCUCCGCCUCCCGCCGCUCAGCCACCCGAAGGCGGAGGCGAUGGCGGCAGCGGCGUAGGGGGAAGAGGGGAGAGCGAGGACGUGGAGGUGCUGUUCUCGGCCGGGCGCCGGGCGGCGGCGGCCGGGGCAGCGGCGGUGGCGCGCAGUGCCGAGGAGGAGGAGGAGCGGCUGGAGCGGGAGCACUUCUGGAAGAUCAUCAACGCCUUCCGCUACUACGGAACGAGCAUGCAUGAACGAGUGAAUCGAACAGAAAGGCAAUUCAGAUCACUUCCAGCUAACCAGCAGAGCCUGCUUCCUCAAUUUCUUCUUCACUUGGACAAAAUUCGGAAAUGCAUUGAUCAUAAUCAAGAUAUACUACAAACCAUUGUGAAUGACUGCAUACAUAUGUUUGAAAAUAAAGAGUAUGGAGAUGAUGGGACAGGGAAGAUUAUGCCAGCAUCCACAUUUGACAUGGAUAAGUUAAAAUCUACACUGAAACAAUUUGUAAGAGAUUGGAGUGAAACUGGGAAAGCUGAAAGAGAUGCCUGCUACCAGCCAAUCAUUAAAGAAAUUGUGAAAAAUUUUCCAAAGGAGAGAUGGGAUCCUUCCAAAGUCAGUAUUCUGGUACCUGGUGCUGGACUAGGAAGAUUGGCCUGGGAAAUAGCUAUGCUAGGUUAUGCUUGCCAAGGAAAUGAAUGGAGUUUUUUUAUGCUCUUUUCUUCCAAUUUUGUACUCAACAGAUGCUCCGAAAUUAACACGCAUAAACUUUAUCCUUGGAUUCAUCAAUUUAGCAAUAACAGAAGAUCGGCUGAUCAGAUUCGACCAGUCUAUUUUCCUGAUGUUGAUCCCCAUAGUCUUCCUCCUGGUUCUAACUUUUCUAUGACAGCAGGAGAUUUUCAGGAGAUAUACUCAGAAUGCAAUACCUGGGAUUGUAUUGCUACUUGUUUCUUCAUAGACACAGCCCAUAAUGUCAUUGAUUACAUUGAUACAAUAUGGAAAAUACUGAAACCAGGAGGAAUUUGGAUAAACCUGGGUCCUUUACUGUAUCACUUUGAAAAUCUGGCAAAUGAACUUUCCAUUGAAUUGAGCUAUGAGGAUAUAAAAAAUGUUGUUCUCCAAUAUGGAUUCCAUAUAGAGGUAGAACAAGAAUCUGUGUUGUCCACAUACACUGUGAACGAUCUCUCUAUGAUGAAAUACUACUAUGAAUGUGUGCUGUUUGUGGUUCGUAAACCGCAGUAAUUGUCUCCUGUGAGCUCUUCAGGAAAAAAAUGAUUAAUGGAGAAAAUGUUGAAACAAACAACACAAAAUCAGCUAUGGGUGGUGACAGGACACAACCUCAAAUCAGUGGUGCCUUCUUUAUUCCUAACAGGAUUUAGAUAUAGUGUCUAUUUUCUUAAUAUAUGUCUGUUAUUAUCCAGACAUGUACUAUGCCAUGCAUAUUUGUACUAUACGAAUGAGUGAAAGUGAAAGGAAGAUCUUCAAAUGUACUUUUCCCUUGAAGUGCAGAACUGUUUGUCUCAAGUAGAAAAACUAUCCUUCUUUGUCUUUCUGAGGCUGCCCUAUUGUAAGACUGCUGCACUGAUGACUCAGUAGUAUUGAAAUCCUAAUACACUCUUGGCCUUGUUAUAAACAUGUACACAUUCAGUUCAAUAAAUGUCUAAACCAUCUUCAUCUCUUAAAUGAAAAUUUUUCUCAAUUUGGAUGUGAGGCAGAAUAUCUAAUGAGUUUCUUUUAUCAUUAAAAUUAGUUGAGCAUUUCAUUUCCACAGUUCAACUUGAUUUUGAGUAGUAUUUAAAUUUUUUUCAUAAAACACUGAAUUGGGUCAUCAACAGAUAAUGCAUUUAAGUAUCAGUGAAUUUUGCUGAAUCUUUUGGUCAUACUAAACAGAUUUCUUAAAAAUGCUAGUCAUUGGGUUGUUUUGAAACAUUUGACAAGACCUCAGAGACUGAAAUGAGGCAUAAAGCCCUGUCUUUAAAAUGUAAUAAAUUUGAAAAAUGGGAAUAAGACUUUGCCCACUUAUUACUUAAGACUUCAAGCUAUAGUCAUGUGGAAUUCAUCAGUGUAAAUGUUUACGUAAUGUUUUUUUCUUUAGCUAGGUUAUCUGAAUUACUAAUAACCAGGCAUUAUUCUGUUUAGAAUAACUACACACUAAGAUAAAAAUAAUUACACAGUAAAAUCUGUACCAUGGUAACAAACGUGUGGUGUGAUGUGAGAAAAUUGUGAAUGUGAAAAUCAGGGUUAUAUUCUGCCUAUAGUAUACACCUUAAAUAUUGUUAGCAACAGCUACUAAUGUAAUUUUGGGUUAAGCAGGUCAGUUCUAAUGAUUGUUAGCGGCUUUAAAUUUCUACCUCUAGUAGUUCCUUUUUUGGAGGACGUUUGCUUUGUGGAAAUUGUAAUUUGUAAGACUAUCGCUUCCACACUUUAAAAUGUAUAGAGGGGAGGAAUUGCUCUUGUUGAAUAAUUUCACAGGUUACAAUGUAUUGUAUCAAAAAACUUGUGAAAUGUAUUAGAUAAGUCUAUUGAUUAUAAUAAUGUGCUGAUAAAAUUACACUUAUCGGUAAGAAAAAUUCUGGGAAAUCUUUAGUUAGGUGUUUGUUUUCAAUGAAGUUAGGAAGUCAUAACUCCAUUAAGGUGUCUUAUGACCCCAUUCACUACUUUCCUCUACUAGCAUAUUUUUAAUAGGGCUUCUGUGACCUUGACUACAAUGGAAGUAAGAAAAAUCCCCUGAAUUGCCUUAUUCAUUGGAAUAUGAGACUUGUAAAGACUUUACCUUAUUGAACCAUUUUUUCUCUUUUUGAUCCCUGGGUACUUGCAGUAUUGAUGCAGAACACCAUAAAUCAUUACCUCCACAAACUAAUUUGAACUUAUUUUCAAGGAACAAAAAAGCCAGAAAUUUUAGAAAAGAAAAAGGAAGUUUGAAAGGAGCUUACAUGACAAAAUCCUUUGAAAAGUUGGAGCAUGCCAAAUGGGGAUAAUUUUAAAAUACUUUACUUAUAUAAGCAAUUUACUGGUAUUUACUUCAUUUUCGUACACUUGGGUCAGAACAGUUGAUGAUCCUUAAUUAAAGCAGGAAUAUAUCAGCAUGUGUGAGUCAGCUUUAUUACUGAACUACCUUUUGUCUAUUUUCUGCAUCUAACAUAUAAUAAUGUAACAUACUUCCUAAUUAUAUAUGUAGUGUUUAGUUGGUUAAAUUCAGAACCAGUUGUUUCAUUUUAUUUUUCCUUUUCCCUUCACAGUCUCUUUUUUCCAUUCUAUAAUGCACAUUUUUAUUUGUCUUUUAAAUAUUUGCAUCUGAAAUAUUCUAAACUUGAAGAGGUGGCUUAGAUCAAUAAAAGGGCUCCAGUGGAGGGUAUGAUUUAGUAUUUCUUAUAUUUAAUUACCCCUUUUCACUAAAUUGCAUGUUCUUCAUUGUUACUUUCUGAAGUGUUCUGUAUGCACAAGCAUUUUCAUUCAUGUUUUAAUAAAAGGGAAAUAAGCAUGUAUUUUUGCUUAAUUUUUCUUGCCAUAAUCUAAAACAGCACAGGUUGAUGAAGUGUGCAAGAUGGAAAGUGUAAAAUACAAAGAAAAGAUGUAUAAAUCAUAGUAUAAAACUUCAAAUGAAGUUGUUUGGCAACUAUAAAAUAUACUGUAUUGAUAUGUAAUCUUCAUUCUAAAGCAGCUAAAAUUGCUGAAUUGGAAGCUUCAUGUCUGCAUGAACUUUCCUAUAUUUUUAAUUGUGUAUGAUGGACUUAAUUUUUCUUGGACAUUAAAAUCUGCAAUUGCUAUGAAAUUA